UUAAAAUGACACAAUUACAUCCAAAUCAGUCAAGAUUCAAAAACCCAAAUCAGUCAAGAAUCAAAAACAUUUUUUUCUUUGGCGACAAAUUCUUUAACAAGAAAAACCAUCCAAUUUUUUUCUAAUUCAAAAAGAUACUAUUUCUAACCAGCGGAAAAAUAAUUUAAAUCACCGUACUUUCGUUGUGCACUCUAAUUUAAACCACCAAUAUCGUUAUCUCUACAGUUUUGAGAAUCUAAACCAUUAAACGCUACGUAGCAGUCGUUCCCAACAAUAUUUUAAAAGACCGUAUAACACCCCAAUCUUCAUGCGCUCCCAUGUCAGGCGCCCGGGUCCUCUCCACGGUCCGCCUCAACUCCAUCAUCGCCGCCCAUCUCCGUCACGGCCGCCUGAUCGAUGCGGCCGGAUUGUUCCGAGACAAUCCCCAUCAUCUAGACAUCAAAUCAUGGAAUCUGAUGCUCUCGGGGUACGCCCGGAACGGAUGCAUCGAGUACGCCCUGAAGCUGUUCGACGAAAUGCCUCAUAAGGACGUCGUAUCAUGGAACACAAUGAUGGCCGGCUUCAAACGCGCCGGCGACUCGCUCAGUGUGUUCGGUCACUUCUUAGAGAUGGUCCGGUCAGGAUUGAGGCCCACCGGAUCGACGCUGGCCACUGUUAUCACUGCUUCAGUAGCCAGCUCCGCGAUUGUCCCACAUCUUCACGCUGUUGCUAUCCGCAUGGCAUUGGAUUCCAAUACGUUCGUUGGAACUGCUCUCAUCAGCGGUUACGCUAAGUUGAAAGAUCCGAAUUCUCUCCGUCGGGUGUUCGAUGAAAUUCGUGUUAAGAAUUUGGUAUCGUGGACUGCUGUAAUUAUCGGAUACAUGGAGCUUGGGAGUGUUGUUGAGGCCCGGCAGGCCUUCACGAUGAUGCCAGAGAGGAAUGUUGUAGCAUGGACUGCAAUGAUCAAUGGCUACAUCGAUAAUGACAGCCUCGAUGAUGCAAAGCGGUGCUUCGAUCAUAUGCCUGAGAAGAAUGUGGUUGCAUGGACGUCGAUGAUCAAAGGAUAUGAGCGCAGCGGGCAGUUUGAUGACGCUCUAAAUUUGUUCAUUGAGAUACAUAGAUGCUGCAGCAUCAAGCCAAACCAAUUCACGUACUCCGCAACGCUCAGUGUCUGCGCUCGGUGUUGUUCCCUUGUUGCAGGCCAGUCGGUCCAUGCACAGCUUUUGAAGUCUGGGCUGCCAUUUGAUAUGAUCUUAUCAAGCUCCCUUGUGGAGAUGUAUGGCAAAUGUGGGGACAUCGAUUCUGCGGUCCAAGUGUUCGAGUCUAUGAAAGUCCAUAAUCUUGUCUCAUGGAACUCCAUGAUCGGAUGCUACGCAAGGCAUGGUCUCUCCAGAAGAGCACUGGAAGGAUUCGAGAGGAUGAAGGAGGAAGGUGUUCGACCUGAUCAUGUGACAUUCAUUUGCGUCUUGACAGCCUGCGUUCAUGGUGGACUGGUCAAGGAAGGGGAAAGGUACUUCCGGUCGAUGCAGAGGGAGUUCAAGAUCGAGCCAAGGAUGGAGCAUUAUGGGUGCAUGGCGGACCUGUUGGGUAGGGCUGGACAGCUUGAUGAGGCAGAGAGGCUGAUCAAAGAGAUGCCAUUCGAGCCGGACAUGGUUGUCUGGGGAGCACUGAUCGGAGGAUGCAGACUGCACUCCAGUUUGGAGUAUGGGUUGUCUGCUGUUGAAUCAAUCCAGAGAUUUGAGAAGGAUCACCCAGCAAUCUACGCAAUGAUGUUGGGGGUUUAUGGGGAUAGGGGGGAUUGGAAGAGAGUGGAUGAGUUGAAAGAGAUUAUGGAAAGGGUGGGUGUUCGAAGAAAGCAGCAGGGAACCAGCUGGGUUGAGUCUCCUCUCAUCCUGCAGAGGUGAAAUUAGAAAGAAGGCUAUAAACAUCCAUUAAAUUCAAUUGGUGGAGCAGAGGAAAAAAUAAAUCACCUAGGGUUUCCGGUGAGAGAGAGAGCACACUAUGUAAUCACAACCAAAACUAUCCAGGCUCCUUUUGGAAGUCCCUUCGGUAAUAGAGAGACCACCACCCGGCAUGUUAAUGGCA